AUGCCCACCGAGGGACCGAGCACGCGGCAAAAGGAGCGCAAAGAUCCUGAUCAGACUGCAGGUAAUCUGGUCCUGGAGAUACGGGCGUUGACCGCCACAAUCGACGCACUAAAACUCUCCUUUGAGCAGCAGCUGGAUUCUAAAGUGGACAGUUUGCGGGACUCGGUGCAAUUAAUGAUGUCCGAAAACAAGGAGUGGCUAAAAGAGGAGCUCUCUCUGAAAGCAGCUGAAAUCCAAACUAACAUCCAACAAAAUAUGGAUAAUGAUAUAAGCCUAUUGAUAAGGAGGAUUGAACAAAUGGAAGCUAAAAUCAAUCGCUCCGAGAAGACGCGUUUUGACCCAGACGUGUCCAUUGUUGUCACCGGGCUAAACUACAACAGCGGGGAAAACGUCACCUGCCUGGUGAAGGAGCUACUCACCGAGGGACUGCUGGAGAACACACCGAUCGUGGACGCAGAGAGGCUGAAGGACAGAGGAGGACGUCCGGGAGUGGUGAAGGUGGAAUUUGGAUCCGUACAGUAA